UUAAAGGCAGGCAGAGAAGAGAUCGACAUUCACUCAGCAGAAGACGAUCGCUCUCUACACUCCGGUCCAGAAGAUGACUUAGAGCGCUCCGGCGGAAAAUACCGAUCAUCCCGAAGAAGACCGACUCGCGUGGCGCCAUGGCCGGGGACCUGACCGGAAAGUUCCAGCUGAUCGCCCAGGAAAAUCUGGAGGGAUAUCUCAAGGCGCUGAAUGUAAAUUUGGCCUUGCGGAAAAUCGUCCUUCUGCUGAAACCGGAGAAAGAAUUUGUGGUGGACGGGAACCACAUGAUCAUCAAGACGCUCAGCACCUUCAAAAACUACGUCAUGGAUUUCACCUUGGGGGAGGAGUUUGAAGAGAACCUCGCCAUCAUCGAUGGGCGGAAGUGCAGGACCACCGUGUUCUGGGAGGGUGACAAGCUGGUGUGCGUUCAGAAAGGCGAGGUGCCGAAUCGCGGCUGGAAACAGUGGCUGGAAGGCGACUUGCUGCAUGUGGAACUCACAGCUAGAGACGUGGUCAGCACACAGACCUUCCGGAGGGCGUCCUGAAGAAGCCCCGCCUCCUUUGUUUUUAUGGAUAAUUGGCUCUGGAAUUGUAUAUUAAAGUCGAAUUUUACUCUAU